UCUCCUGCAACCUUUUUCUUUUAGAGAAAAUGAAAAACACAACGGCAGAAUACAAAAUAACAUUUACCGUUUGUUGGGAGUACUAGUACCGAUCAAUCCAUCUAAUGAUAGUAAAUUAUAACAAGUCUCGUCUAUGGAUACAAAAGCUUGCUACCCUUCACCCUUCUUCUUUUUGUAUGCUUCCUUCCUGCUCAUCAUACACAAUCCAUCCAGAUAAUCCGGGAGGGGGAUGGGCCAAUCCUCUUCUUCAUGCUCGUGCAAUAAUGGCCAUGAGAUUUACAGGCCUGUUAUCAUUGGAAAAAACAGCGGUGAUGUUGUUGGGGACGACGACUUGACCCUGAGUCUUCCUGACGAGUGCCUGGGCAGUGUGUUUGGGAAGCUGGGUUGCCUUGACAGGAACUCUUGCUCUCUGGUUUGCAAGAGAUGGAAAUGUGUGGAUUCGAAGUCAAGAAACCGCCUUGUCUUGCUUGCUCGUUCCGAGUUGUCUCCAUGCCUCCCUUCCUUGCUCUCUCGCUUCAACACCGUCUCCGUUCUGUCUCUCAAGUGCUCCCGCAAGCUCUUCAGCAUAGACGAUGCUGCCCUCUCUCGGAUUCCCAUCUUUCUCCCAUUUCUCAAGAAGCUCAAACUCAAGGGCUGCAUCCAUAUUUCUGACGAUGGGCUGCAUGCUUUCUCACUCCACCAUCCCCCUCUCCUCACAAAACUGUCCUUUGCGUCCUGUGGUUUUGGUGCCAAAGGCCUCAACUCCCUUCUCUCUAAUUGCCCUUCUCUCCAGGAUCUCACCCUCAAGCGCCUAAGAAAGCUGGAUGCCACUAGCAGUACCCCUGCAUCGUCAUUGUGGCCUGGAGCUUUGAAUGUCGAUGGUGGUGAUGUUGGUGAUGAUCAUCAUAAUAAUAUUAAUGCUGUUGUUGCUGGAGAUGCCAACAAGAAGGAGAAGGAUGUUCACAAUUACUACUACAAGAGGAGCCUGAGGCUAGAGCGGCUGUGCCUCAAAGAUCUUCACAAUGCUCGCCUUUUCAUCCCUCUAAUUCUCUCAGCUUCUGCUUCCAUCAAAACCCUCAUUGUUUGCAGGAGCUCCGGUAACUGGGACAGAGUCCUCGAGACUAGUCUCCAUGGAAAAACCACUUCCAUUUCUGAGAUCCAGAUGGAAAACGUCCAGAUGGGCGAUGCAGGCCUCUUGGCCAUAUCCUCUUCUUGCCCUGACCUCCAGCUUCUAUACCUCAGCCGCACCACUGAUUGUACUGACGAUGGGUUAUCCGCAAUUGCAAAUUCUUGCAGGAAGCUUAGGAAGCUACAUAUCGAUGCAUGGAGCAGGUUCGGAAGCAGGACUAUUGGUGAUGAGGGGGUGUUUUCCAUAGCCAACAAAUGUUCCCAACUGCAGGAGGUGGUGCUUAUGGGCAUUCCAAUAGCUAUCCCAUCUCUGAAUGCCCUGGCUUCCAACUGCCCCGGACUUGAGCGGAUGGCCCUCUGUAACACCGAUUCUGUUCAGGAUUCGGAAAUGGCAUUUAUUGCUGCCAAGUUCCUGGCCUUGAAGAAGCUAUGCAUCAAGAACUGCCCCAAUGUCUCAAAGUCAGGGAUCGAAGCUGUUGGGCGCGGUUGCCCCAAUUUGGUGAAGUUGAAGGUGAAGAGGUGCAAAGGGGUCACUCAGGCAAUGGUGUCCAGAUUGAGGUUCCAGAGGAGUUCGUUGGUGGUAUCAUUGGAUGCAGGGUCAAUGCUGUUUGAUAGUGGAGGAAUUUCAUUACUAGCAUCAGCAGUAAAUGAAGAAGAGCAAGGAACCGCGACUGCAAUGACAAACACUAAUAGUAGCAGGAGCGCAGCAGCAGCAGCAGCAGCAGCAGCAACAGUAGCAGCAACUCAUGUUAUCUGCAGCAGCAGGGGUGCUCUCUUGCUCAGGUCUAAAUUCGAAAGCGCUCUUCAACUUGGUAGGAGGAGGAGGCCAACUGAAGAUAAUGCUAGUUGAUAUUCGCCAUCAUCAUCGAUCCCAAGCUGCACCGCCACGGCGCCACCAUCACCUACUAAUACUUGUUAGCUAGGUUUCCAAUAUAAAAUAUUGCUAGCUAAUGGCACAUCAUCAAUAUUGCUUCCUUGUUCUUGGUGUAUUUUCGCUUCUCUUUCCUUUCCCUUUUCCGAGGAGUGACUACCUCGGAUUGCAUCUUUCAGGAGAGGAUUUUCUUUGAAGAUAGAGUUUCCAUGGAGGGAAACGUGAAACAAUCAUCAGUCUGACCAUACUAGUUGCUACGGUAAUUAAUUUGAGAAGACAAGGAAGGUGGCAGCAAGACACAAUGAUUGCAAAUAAUCCUUAAUUAGGAAUAAUCAAAAUAGGAGUGUGAUUUCUUCAUUUA